AUGUCUGGGACAAGACUGCAUUCUGUGCGCCUUCCGUCCGUCAUUGCGAGUCAAGCGGUCGACGAAGAGGCCCCGGGCGACAGUCCUGUCGUAGUGGACCUGCCCCCCUCCAGCAAAUUUGGCUUCGCAUGGCCCACCGAUCCCCCUCCCCCUGUGGGCGUCCCGCUCGCGACCGAGCGAUCCACGGGUGUUUCGUUGAGUUCUUCCGAGGGGGAGACGGACAUGUCAGAGGAGGAGCCCAGUCGUCCCACCAGGAGGAGCACGCGAACCGGCGAGAGCGAUGAAUCCGACUUUGUGACUCCCACUAAUCUCAUGGACUCCGACCAGAAUCCCCUCGACCAGAGCGACCACCUCCGCCCUGUUCCCCGACUGUCCCGCGCGUUCUCCAUGCCUCUGCCGUCGCAGCUAGGAUCGCUCAUGAACCCCAGACGAACUGCAUAUUCCCCGUCCAACGACAACACAUCGUCCGCCAUCCAGCUGCCCGCGGAACUCGGGCAUUUUCAUGAGCUUUCUCUCGAGCUGGCUGACUCUGUGCAAAUGAUAAUCCAGACUUUGCUCCAGUUGUCGCCUCCGCAGGUCCUCGAUCCCGCGAAGGAGCAGUUCUCCGCUUGUUCGCUUUCCAUUCCUACUCCCUCAGUUUCGGCCAUGUUCACGUCCAUGAAGAACUUGAACUACAUGUCCGCGCACAUGUCAGUGCUCAGCCUCGACCUCCCGCUCCAGAAGCCGGUUAAUCAUAGGGGGCACUCUCCAACGCCGGUCGUGGAGAACGACUUUGAUGUUGGCGAGAUGUUGCAGAGUGUGGGGGAUGUCUUGAGCGGGCUAGCUGCGCAAGCCGAUGUGGACAUUGUUUUGUUUCACGGGGAUCUAGGAAUGAAGCACGUCGCUCUGAGGGGGGACGAGAGUGGCAUCUCAUACACGUUAUCGCAUGUCGUCCGUCAAAUUAUUGCCACUGCGCAAGCAGGAGAUACCAUUGAAAUUGGCCUAUUUAUUGAACCGGCUUUGGCCGCUGGGGACGAACCGGGUGUGGCGAACAGUGACCCAGUGACCCGCUCUUCGUCGCCUGCACAUGAUUACGACGGUCCGCUACGGUGUACCUUUCAUAUAACCCACAGAUUUGCCUCGUCAGAUGCGUCUGGCGCAGAAUUGGUCGACGGUGACCGUGGUUUCACAUCUUCUCCUAUAUCUGCGCUCCGUCCGGAGCCUUCACUGAAGACCCUGUUUUUACGGCGAUUGCUUCGCCAUGUAGGUGCGAGUUUGGAAACUGACGUCCCUCCACGAGGUCUCUCUUCCGGGCGCCCCUGCAAUUUACAUAUCACGUUGGAUCGUGGCCUGCCGUCGGUUGUAGACCCCACUGUCAGUAUCUCUCCAGACGACGGGGCUUAUGCGGGCAACCCGGAGGUCAAGAUAUCACAAGAGCCUACGCUGGACCAAUUGUCGCAAUUUGCAGAGUCCCUGAAGGGAAGAAAAGUGACCCUUUUCGCUCACUCCAAGGGCGCUUUUGCUCAACAUCUCACAAGCUAUCUUACUGCUUGGGGUAUGGAUGUUAGCCAUGUCUCCACCGAACCAAACGCUGAUUCAUCGACCGAGAGCGUCGAGGGUAGUUCAGAUACGACGACUACUUCGGGCGAAACUCUUCCGUACGAUCAGACCACAGGUCCAUCUGCUGGGGCUUCUACUAGCGCGGAGGCAGUAUCGUUUUGUAUCAUCGAUGAUGAUGUUUCCAUCUUGCGGGCCAAACUGCAGAAAAUUCGAGCGGCAUAUGCGUAUCCGCUCACUCUGAGCUCAAGAAAGCGACCAUCACUGGCGGCCAACCACCGUCCACGCUCUUCGCCUCAGGUUGCUCGUGUUAUGGGUUUGACACCAUUCGCUGCCCCACCUGCCCCACCUCCCGUCGUUGUUCAUUUCACUUCUCUGUCUAAUUUCAAACUCGUGAAGGAUGCCGUACAAUCCAUCCUUGCACCAGGCUUCAGUAAUUCAUCUAGGAUGCCUGAGGUCAUUGUGAUUCCAAAACCCGCUGGUCCGCGUCGUGUACUGACGGCAUUACACACGGCCAUCACCAGACCCGUCGUGGACCCAUUUUUCUAUCCAACCGCUACCUCACCUGUCAGCCCAGGUCUCACGCCGUUCUUCGGUCUUUCAAACGCUGCCAGAUCGCCCGGUGCGCGCUCGACGACCAGCGUCCGCUCGGACAAGUCGGCAAAAUCGCCGAAGGAUUACGCUCCUUCAUCUCCACGGGGAGUGGCAGAUUCUAUGGAGUAUUUUUCGGAUGCAGCGGCCAAGCUAGGAGCGACGCCUGCCUCGGGGCUGGUGAUCCAAAGUCCGGACGGCCAGCCGGCAGGGAUUUAUUUCCACCCUAAGGCAAAAGGCCAGCGCAGUAAUGUACCCACGCCUCAGCCUGAUCACCCAGGCCGGGCGCGAGGAUCGUCGUUCCGUCGCGCAUCCGACCACGAGACCAAGAGUGGCGGUCUGACGGUGAGUCCUGUCGAAAGCAUGCGCCGCAGCUCGCGCCCGCCGGCGUCGCCCAGCGCAGAGGGCAGCCCGGAGGCAGGCCUGGUGGAGCUUCCUCCCGCGAAGGGGAAAGGCCGCCAGGCCGCGCCGAACGAUGGGAUCACGCCGCUGCCCCCGAGCGAGAGCCCGAUAUCUGCGGGCAUGACGGAGUCGCCGACGGGGGAGUCGAGCGGGUCGGGAUUGCCACGGACGGCUUCGCGGAAACACGGGCAUGUAGAGUCGAUACACAAGCAGCAGAAUUCGGACCCGCCCACGUCGCCGUCGCGGGCCACGGCCGGGCGGCGGUUCAGACGGCCGCACCUGGAGAGCCAGGCGUCGGCACCGGCAGGGACGCAGAAGAGAGGGGAGGCGUCUGGGGCGGGGAUCGUGCCGCCCAUCAGCGUUCUCAUUGUGGAUGAUAACCCGAUCAACCAGACCAUCCUGUCCACGUUCAUGAAAAAGAAGAAGAUCAAGUUUGACGUGGCGAAGAACGGGGAGGAGGCGGUGACGAAGUGGCAGACCGGGAGCUUUCAUCUUAUUCUGAUGGACAUACAGAUGCCAGUGAUGGACGGGAUCGAGGCCACGAAAGAGAUCAGGCGGGUGGAGAAGAUGAAUGCGAUGGGCGGGUUCCCGACGACGCCGCAGUCGGAGGGGCAGCAGACACCGUCGGAGGCGUCUGUGGGGGACUCGCGGUCGUCGACGACGUCGACGCCUCCGUACCGGUCGUCGGUGAUCAUUGUCGCGUUGACGGCGUCGUCGCUGCAGAGUGACCGGGUUGCGGCGCUUGCGGCGGGGUGCAACGAUUUUUUGACGAAGCCGGUGUCGCUGCAUUGGCUGAACAGCAAGAUCAUCGAGUGGGGGUCGAUCAAGGCACUGCAGAUGUGGGCGGACAUCCGGCCGGAGGUGGUGAAGAGUAUUUCGACGGGGCAGGCGGUGCAGGCGCAACAUGUCGCGCGACGGCUGCACGUCCCGGAGGGCCGGACACCGACGGACUCGCGGAGCCGGGCGUCCGGACGGUGA